AUGUAUGACACUAAUCAAGACAGUUAUGGAUCUGCUGUCUAUUUAGGUUCCUAAACAGGAUCAAUCUUAAUAGUUAAAAAUACAACUGUAAUUUGUAAUUCAACAUUAAAUCCAGAUAAUUUUGAUUUCAAAGGUUUUGUUAAGAGUGACUUAUAUAAAUCUCGAAUUUAUACCCUAGGUACUGGCGCUGCAUUUCUUAUCUGGGAUUAAUCCAUGGUUACAACUGUUUAAUCCAUUAAUAAUAGAUUCAAAUAUUGCAUUAACAAUUAUCAAGGAUCAAUUUUCAGAAUAUUAUCUAAAAAGGCAUCGUUUAGUGAAGAGAAUAGUAUUUAUGAAAACAAUUAAGCAUAUUUUGGGGGGAAUAUUUUUUGUGAAAAUUGCUUAGAGCUUAGUUUUAUUUAACCUACUUUUGUCAAUAAUAAUGCCUAUAGAGGAGGAUCUAUUUAUCUUAGCUAUUCAGAGCUGACUGAAAGUUAAAUUACAUAAUAAAUUUUUCUUGAUUUGAGUUACUUCAAAAUUAUCAGUUCCUCAUCAUUUUCUGAUGGUGGAUUUCUUUAUGUUACUGGAGAUGCAAUCAAACUUAAUCUGAUAAUGGAGAAUACAACAUACUCCUCUAUCACUUCAUCAUUAAUGGAAUAAGAAUAUGAAAAUACAAAUAAAAAAAUUGCUGGUGGAGGUCUUGCCUCACUUAAUGUGAAAGAACUAGAUUUAACAAUCAGAAAUUGUGAUUUUAACUAAGUCAUCUCAAAAUAUUAGGCAGGAGGGUUAUUCAAUAUCUAAAGUCAAAAAGUAGAAAUUGAUAUUUAAGAUGUGGUAUACAAUGAGUUAAAUGCUAAAACAAUUGGAGGAAUCCUAUACAUACAACUCAUUAAAAGAAGGUUCUAUAAUUUAGUAAAGAAAUACUACAUAUAAGGAUUGUUAUACUGCAUCUGCAUAUUAGAAAUCGACAAUAUCACCUGUAAGAAUAUAAAAAGCCAAUAUGGAACAAUUAUUUAUAUCAAUGGUCAAAGCCAAAUUAAUGUUUAAAAUUCUAUCUUCCAUGACAAUGCAGGUGCAUUUUUGUACGAGAAUAACAAGGAAUUAUUAGUAUCAAAUUUUUAUAUGAUUACAUCAAACAAAUUCUAUUAGAAUGAAGCUAACUUGCUAGGAGGAUUAUUUUACUUGGUUUAUAAGAAUACCAAUCUUACUGUAAAUGACUCUGUAUUUCAUAAUAAUUUCCUCUUACAAGAAAAUCCUAAGCAAGCUGUUAUAUUUUAGAUAGAAAAUGCUAAUUAAAUCUACAUAGACUAUUCUAAUUUUACUUCAGACUCAUCAAACUAAUAAAUAAGUUAAAGAUACUUCUAAGUUAUGUACUCUGAGGCUUUUAACCUAAAUUUAACAAUAUUUAAUAGUCUAGUGCAGUUUAAUUAAGAUGGUUAUGAUGAAUCAAAUAUUCUGAAUUACAUAAACUUAAACACAUCUCAAGUUCAGACUACCAUUUAUGAUUUCUAAGGUAUAUUUUAUUUGAAAUAUGCCUUCGUAACAGCAAGAGAAAAUAGAUACUUGAAUAAUUAUGUUUCAUUUAAAGGUGGAGUUUUUUCUCUAUCAGAAAGUACCUAUAAUGAUACUGGCUCCUUAUUUGAAAAUAAUGUAGCAUUAUUUGGGGGAGUUAUUUAAGGUGACUCUGUAAAAAUAUAUUUAGAGAGCUGUAUAAGCCGUAGAUCUAUUGCCUAAAGCGGAGCCUUCAUGUCAUUAGUCAAUAACUGUCAAGGCGAAAUUAAAAACAUGACUGCUAUUGAAAUGUAAAGUAUCUAAGGUGGAUUUUUAAGUUUAACAGGCACAGAAAAUACCGACAUGUCAGAAAAGCAAUUAAUAGUAAGAGAUUCUGAGUUUAAAGACAUGAGAGCUUUUUAUUUUGGGGGAUUUGCUAGUCUUUAAAAUUAAUAAGUUGAUUUCAUUUUACAAAACAUAACUGUGAGCAAUACGUAUAGCCAUUAUGGCUCACUUUUAAAUGUAAUCGAUGUUAAAAAGUUGGUAAUCAAGAAUUCCUACUUCUAUAAUUAGUGA